AUGAACCCGAUCUCUUUGAUUUUCCAGCUUCAGCAUUACAGAGAACAACGGAGGAUUCCGAUAUAUGCUCUACGCCGCCAUGCUCGACCCGACCGGCUAGAUUGGCUUAGGCGAGACCACGGCCAGUCCGACUUCUCCGUCACAGCUGAUAGUUUUCUUCCAUCAGAGCAAUUGAAAAGGUAUGCCUCAUUACCAAACCCUCUCGGCAGCACUUGCUGCAUGAAAAUGACUUCCUCGGCAUUAUCCAUGACUCUCGAGAACGGGACGUUGGGUAGGUCGGCUGACAGGUACCCGAGAUUGAAACCCGUGACAAGAGCACAUGUCGUAUCGAACGUAGAUAAGGUAAAAUGUGAAAUAGCAAAGAUGGGACCUUUUGAAAAGGGGCGCGUGAAAAUGGCGAUAGUGUACGCGCUGAUGGCGCAUGGCUCAGUGGUGCUGGAAGAAUAUAGGGCGGAGGAUGAUGAUGAUGUGCCAACUAUGAGUGGGAACAAUAACAUGUUCUUUGCAACGGUGGUUGGUGUAACAUAUCAUGCGAAUUCGUUUUUGGAUUUAAAUCUUUUGAGGCCGCUGCUUAGGGCUUGUGAAGCUCGUUACUGUAAACACACUCUCAUUCAG